AUCAGAAGGGAAGCUGAGUUGAUGUGCUGUGAGAGAACGCCCCCUUGUUUGUGAGGGAAGAACAGCAGCGGCUAGUUCACCGUUGGAGAGGGGAAUUAAAGUUGGUUGCGGUUCAGCACACUUUGCCAGCAGUUCAAGAGGUCUAUGGUCCAGAUUUAAACUGAGACCAUGAAGGGCUUGGAGCUGCUGCUGUUUCCUCUGCUGCUUUUUUUGAAAGAUGUUAGGGCUCAGUGGAAUGUGUGGAUGCCCAGAGACAUUUCAGCCAUGACAAACUCCUGUGUGGUUAUACCUUGUUCAUUCACAUACCCCUCGGGUAUCAGGCCUUACAGGGGGGUCCACGGGAUCUGGUAUUUCGGCCACCCUUACCCCCAGCUUUUCCCCCCAGUGGUGUACAAGUCACGCACAGAUAUUGUUCACGAAAGUUAUAAGGGACGGACCAGGCUACUGGGUGACCUGACACAAAAAAACUGCACACUGUUGAUAAGCAACGUCGGCGUGGAACAUUCUGGGAGGUAUUACUUCCGUGCAGACCUGGGCGGAGCGAACAUCUACACUUUUCCUGACUUCACAAAACUACAGGUGUUGGAUCAGCCCAACAUCGAUGUUCCAGAAGAGAUUGUUAGUGACCAAAGCCUGGACUUGACCUGUUAUGUCCCAGACAAUUGUCCAGACAUGAGUCCAGAAAUCCACUGGAUGUACACGGACUACCUACCCGACCCCGUUUUCACCCCUGACACUGUUGAGGACAGCAACACUGCUGUACUGUCCAGCACCCUCACCUUCACACCCAAACCCAUGCACAACGGCCAGAUGCUGGGCUGCCGGGUCAACUACCAAAACACCACCUUCGUCUAUGAACGCCUCAUUUCUCUGGACAUCAAGUAUGCCCCUCGAACUGUGUGGGUGAACGUGUCUCAAGAGGUGAUGGAGGGAAGCUCGGUGGUCCUGCACUGUGAUGUGGACAGUAAUCCAGUCCCCAUGAUAACUUGGUAUUUUGGAGACAAAGAGCUGAUGUCGGAAACAGCCUCAAAUUCUUCACUGCCCCUGGACAACUUGACCCCGGAGGAGGAAGGUGUCUACACCUGUGUUGGUGACAAUGGCUACGGCAGCAUGAACACAUCCAUGUAUCUGGCAGUAAAUUAUCCUCCACGGGAGCCAUGGAUCAAUGAAUCUCUGACCGUGAUAGAAGGAACUUCAGUUGCUCUACAGUGCAUCAGCAGGGGUAAUCCAAUGCCCACGUUGACCUGGCUGAAGGAUGGGGAGCUGGUGGGCACCAUCACAGCUGAGGAGGGGUCCGUGCUUGAGCUGCACGAGAUCACACCGCAGGCCGAUGGAGUCUACCGCUGUCUAGCUGAAAACGAACACGGACGGGCCAGCAGCUCACUUAACAUUACAGUAGAAUUUGCCCCUAUCCUUCUUGACGACUCUAAGUGCACUAUAGUCCGUGAGGGUGUUCAAUGUGUGUGCAUUGCCACGGGAAACCCUGAGCCUGCGAUCGAAUUCUACCUGCCUGACCUCAACAUUACCAUCAACAGCUCCAACAACCGUUUCAACUACUACACUCACUCGGAUGGGUACACAUCCACGGGCAUCAUCAAGCUCCAGGACAAGGGUGAAAGGGGAAACAAUGGUGAUACCGCUGUCCAUGUGCACUGCAGUAUCAGCAACAUGUACGGCUCCGAUACCAUCCGCUUGGAACUGCAGCAGGAGAAAAAGUACAUGAUGGCCGUCAUAGUGGGGACUAUCGGAGGUGUGGCGGUCAUCGCCUUCAUCAUCGCAGCUGUGAGAUACGUGGGUCAGAACAAUAAAAAAGAGAAUGGUAACCCUGGGCAGGACGUGGGAUCUAAAGUGGAGAAUCCCUCAAUGUUCUACAGCGCAGUCAAGAAGGACAAACAGAGUCUCAGGAAAAAAGUGCUUAAGACUGAGCUCCUGGGCUCAAAGUUUAACUCCAUCCUAGAGGAAGGCACGGGAGACGACAGUGAUUACCAAUCUGUGGGCCCAAUGGCAGGCAUGGAGAGGCAAGAGCUGAAUUACGCCGCCCUAGAGUUUCUCCAUGGACGACACCGGGAGGGAGGCUUCAGGAGGGCUGAUGGUGAUGGCAGCGAUUAUACUGAAAUUAAGGCCAAAUGAACCGCGAUUCUUCCCUGAUGCCUCGGCCAAACGGGACACAGUGGUCACUAGGGCCCAAUCAUCUCCCCUGCCCCACAAAUUGUCCAAUUGUCUUAAACAGCUAGCGGUUAUUGUACAAGGAUUUUGAACUCUCUUAUAUCUCUGAGGUUCUGGGAAUGACACUUUCUUUUACCUGUAAAAGAUACAUUAGAGUUUCUUUAUAUAUUUAUUAGUUUUUUGGUUAUUUAUACCCAUUCUUGUUUGUAACCAUUACCAGAUAUGUGUCUCUUAAUCAGAAAUGAGAGGGUUUCUCUUGGUUUAAAAGACAAAACUUUCCAAAAGGAAGGUUCUUCUACCCAAGAGUUAUAGCAGAGACUUUCUAAUAGUUUGAAGCAAGCUUAAGGGAAUCGGUAUGGUUUAGGGAGAGUCCCAGUCACUAGUGGUCCUUUUCACUGUGUCUGCUGUAAGUCGAAGCAUCAGGGAACGAGGUGCUAUGUGCGCCUCGACAUACAGAAUAAGCACUAUCCCCAACUCUGGGUUUGUCCAGAAAGACUAAUAUUCUUUCAAAUACAGCCAGACUACAUGUACAUUGAUACUUUUAUCACAUACCCAGAAGUGAUUGUUCAGGGGAUAAUUCACCCAAAAAAUGAAAACUAACUCACCCUCAUUUCAUUCCAACUGCAUGUUUCAAGAAUCUCCGUUCAAUUCUUACCAUACAACAAUAGUUCUUAGUGACCACAUCUGUCAAACUUUAAAAAGGCAAAAAACAUAAUAAAAGUACCAUUGCAUGCUUUUUUCCAAGCUUUUUGAAAACAUUAUUAGCAUCAAUUAUGCCAAAACUUCAGAAAGUGAUGCCAUUUUUUAAUUCUGGACUCAAACAUGGACUCAAUUUUAGAGUUUGUGAUGUUUGAACUAUUGCUUUGGAUUCUUUAGAUACUUUGGUAUUUUAUAGAAGGACAAAGUCAUAUGAACUUGGAACAAAAUGGAGGUGAAAAUAACAGAAAUUUCAGAUUUGGGUGAAGUAUUCCUUAAUUUUGGCUUAAAUUUGUACUGUUUUUUCAUUUCAGUUUAUACUGUAUCAUAAUUAUUUGUAUUUGUAAGUGAAAACAUGCCAGUAACUGAAUUCAAAACUGGUUUAUUGAAUGGUUGCUGGAUUUUGUUUGUCCCAACUACGUUGUGCCCUUUUAUUCAGAUAUAUAUUUAUUUAAAAUAUGUUCCAAAUACAUUGAGGAGCAAAAUCACCCUGAUAAUAAUUCAGCCAAUCUGGUAGGAAGUAGUAUAUGAUAAUGCCUGAUGGCCAUCCCUGCCCUGGAACACACUGCAAUCCAAUAGGGUUAAGCUGACAUUUGAUAUCAAUAGAAAGUCAUAUUUAAUAAUGGAUGAUUGUAGCUCAUCCUUUGAAACUGAAUAAGAAAUAACCACCAUUUGGAACAUAUAGUAAGGUAUCUCUUUACCUAAGGUGCUUGAAAUAAAUGUAAUGUUUUAUGUAAUCAUGUAAUCCUCUGGUAAGUUUGUGUCCAGUAGAUGUUUGUUAAAUGGUCAGUAUAUGCAAUUAGCCCUUGAAAUGCAAUUUGACUAACAGAUUAAUGAGUCAUUAUGAUAUUAAAUUAAUUGCAUCUUACAUUCAUAAAGCAUUCAAUGCACCUUGGUAGGAUACCAAUGUAUGUAAAUACUCUGCAUGAUAUAUAGUUCUUUGUGAAGCUUUGACUCCACAACAAGAACAUACAUUGUGCAACAAUGGUGUAUAUUUUGCAGAAAAUCACACACACACAAAAAAUUGACAUUAUAUGUGCAUAUACAAUUAGUAACACAGACAGUCCAUGUUUGAAGAUAAAUACACAGAUAUUUAUUUGUAAGCAAAAAGAUUUGGGGGCGCAUUUCACUUUGAGUGUUGUAAAGAAUAUUUGUAUGUAUCUGACUGUGUGAUGGCAAUAAUAAUGAACAAAGUAAUGUUUUCUAAUUGACAUAAUAAUGCAGAACAGAAAAUCUCCAAUCGUUAUUUAAAUAAUAAUUUACAUGAUGUCCUUUGCUUGUGUUCUUUUUAUUUAAUAAAAGUCUCCAGCCACAAA